UGACUAGAGUCACAUGAGCUGCACCAAGGGCAGGUAACUCAGGAGAGGGGAAGGGGAAGAGGGAAGGGAGAAAAAAAAAAAGAGAGAGAGAAAAAAAAAGCCCAAGCCCAGACUGAGCUUCUGCCAUGAUGUCAGAGGGAAAGAAACCCACAGCUUGCUAAUUUCACCUCCCAAUCGGCCCCGGGAAGGAGAUCACCGGGAACAGUUGUUUCCCCCUGUGGUCAUGACGGCUUCGCACAGUGACUCUUUGGUGGUGUUGUUUGGGGCAACAGCUGGUGCAUAUGGGGCUAAACUGGGUUCGGAUGAGAGGGAACUAAUUCUCUUGGUGUGGCAAGUUGUGGAUCUACACAGCAAGAAGGUAGGGACACUACACAAAUCCCUGGUGAAAGCAGACAACUUGGACUUAAGUGACCAGUGUCGCGAAGUCAGUGGCUUAACACCAGAGGGACUGGGCAAAGCUGAACCACUGGACCGGGUUCUUCAACAGUUUAGUCAGCUGGUAUCCAGUGAUUUGAAAGUACUUGGAAGGAGCUCUUACACACUCUGCAGUGAUGGCCAGUUACUCAUUCGACAAGUUCUCCACCCAGAAACAUCCAAGAAGAACUUCCUGUUGUCAGACUGCUUCUAUUCCUUUUAUGAUCUGCGCAAAGAAUUCCACACUUGCUACCCAAGUUCAGCCGCCGUGAAGGAUCAGACUAUCAAGACCAUGGCAGAAUAUCUAGGCUUAGGGACAGAUGAAGCAGAGGAGGACUUUGGUGUGUGGCAAGUGAAGACCAUGGUGGCUAUCAUUUUCAGCAUGCUCUCAGAAGAUCACGUGUUUACUGAGCCUGAAACUGUGAAAUACAAGUAUGAAACAGGUCCUUGUAGUAAAUCUGAAACUGUGGACAGUGAGACAGUAAUACGUGCCAGAGGUUUGCCAUGGCAGUCUUCAGACCAGGAUAUCGCUCGGUUUUUCAAAGGACUCAACAUUGCCAAAGGUGGUGUGGCUCUUUGUCUGAAUUCUCAAGGAAGAAGAAAUGGGGAGGCUUUGGUUCGGUUUGUCAGUUCUGAACAGAGAGACCUUGCCCUGGAAAGGCACAAGCAUCACAUGGGUAGCAGAUACAUCGAGGUUUACAAAGCAACUGGAGAAGAAUUCUUAAAAAUUGCAGGAGGCACCUCCAAUGAAGUGGCCCAGUUCUUAUCCAAGGAAAAUCAAGUUAUUAUCAGGAUGAGAGGCCUUCCAUUCACUGCUACUCAGGAAGAUGUCCUGGGCUUCCUGGGGCCGGAGUGCCCAGUCACAGGAGGGAAAGAGGGACUUCUCUUUGUCAAGUACCCAGAUGGCAGGCCCACAGGAGAUGCAUUUGUGUUAUUUUCCUGUGAAGAAUAUGCACAGAAUGCACUUAAAAAGCACAAAGAAAUACUUGGAAAGCGUUACAUUGAACUCUUCAGGAGCACAGCAGCAGAGGUCCAACAGGUACUUAAUCGAUACAUGUCAACACCUCUGAUUCCAACCCUUCCAACUCCCAUCAUCCCAGUCAUCCCCCCACCCUACACCAUUGCCACGGGCAGCAUCCGGGACUGCGUCCGGCUCAGAGGUCUUCCUUACACUGCUGGCAUUGAUGACAUCUUGGAAUUUAUGGGAGAUGCCACAGGGGAUAUCAAGCCCCAUGGAGUUCACAUGGUCCUUAAUCAGCAGGGACGACCGUCAGGUGAUGCUUUUAUCCAAAUGAAAUCUGCUGACAAAGCCUUUAUGGUGGCUCAAAAAUGUCACAAAAAAAUGAUGAAGGACCGUUAUGUGGAAGUAUUCCAGUGUUCUGGAGAGGAGAUGAACUUUGUUUUAAUGGGUGGCACUUUAAAUCGUAGUGGCUUGUCCCCACCGCCAUGUAAGUUACCAUGUCUUUCUCCACCAGCUUAUGCUGCUUUCCAAACAGCAGCUGUGAUCCCUGCAGAGGCAGCAGCCCUUUACCAGCCACAAGCCCUCUUGCCAACCACCAGGACGCCCCAGGCCUCUGCAGCUGCUCCUCCAACUGUUACCUACUACCCAGCCCAGGCUGCUCAGCUUUACAUGAACUACACAGCUUACUAUCCCAGUCCUCCAGUAUCUCCUACCACGGUGGGGUACAUUGCAGCUCCUCCAGGAGCUGUGGCAGCUGCUGCCACUGCCACCCACACUCCACUCCUGCCCCAGCCUGGAGCCUUAGUCCGGAUGCAGGGCUUGCCAUAUAACACAGGAAUGAAGGAGAUACUCAGUUUCUUCCAGGGGUACCAGCUCCAAGCAGAUUCCAUCCUCAUGCUUUACAACUUUAGUGGCCAGCCCAGUGGUGAGGCAUUGGUGACUUUUCCAAGCCUGGAUCUAGCUAAGAAAGCAGUGGCUGAGAGAAACGGGCAGCUCCUGGGAAACCACUGUGUACAAUUGUACCUGGUCUAACUGAACACUCUCUGGAGGAUGAGGAAAGGAUGUUGCACUCAACACCGUGCCUUUUGCAAAAUGAGAAGUCUUCCCUUGCCACCCAGGCAGCAACAAAUGUGCCUUUUCAGCAUAACAUGUUGGAAUGCAGCAUAGUGCAUGUCCUUUUUAAUUUGAAAAAUGGCAUCUCCUAUGCCAAAGUUAAAGUGAAACCAAAAAUUAUGCCGUUAAUUUACUUAAUUUCUUUCGUACCUGUGUAAAAAGAAGCAAAGCCACUCCUGGCACAUAGUUAAUUCUGAAGACAGUCCAAUAGCACUUCAGCUACAGCAGCCACGGGCAAAACUUACUCAGUAGCAUUUGAAGUGGAAAGCAAUGCUUGAGUCAUUCAGAUUCUUCUGUGUUUAGUUUUUAAGAGUUUACACUUGACAAAGUGUCUCGUUCUUGUAGAGUUUAAAUGUCUUUAGAAAGGUCUUUCGAAAUGCAUGGCUUACCCAGUUCCAAGCAUAGAUCAUAUUGAUUUUUGUUUUGUUUUGUUCUUGACUGGAAAAUAUCAGGAUGCUGGAUCCCAAACACAAUUGUGCUUUUUCAUGUUUUCAUUAGACAUUGUUUUGCAAAAGCCAUAUUUGACCUUCUUACCAGUGUACUGCUGCCAAUGUGUAAAGCAAAAAAAUAAAAUCAACAGCAAAACCAGAAAAAUCCUCUCUUUCUACCCAUAACUCCCUGCCCCAAAUCCAAAUUUUUAAUCUCUACAGGACAAAAAUGGCACAUAAACCUGAGUACUAAUAAGUUAUAUUUUUUUAUUUAAGCAUAAUAGCUUUCAGAUACUGUAUUAAAGAUUUUGCUCUAGUUUAUGUGCAUGCAAUUUGUUUACAUCUUUAAACUACUUUAUUUGUAUAUUAUGAAACAGCAAGAUAUGUUGAAAUCUGAAUUCUCUAGUGCAUGCUUUUUUCUUUUUCCCUGUGUGUGUAUAUACAUAAGCUAGAAGUACUUUUACGUCGUGUAGCAUGUGUUUAAAAAAAGACAUCUGCUGUAGUAGCACUAAAUGACUUUGUUUUUACUGUGCCUUACUUCUAAACCAUUCCAAGUGCAAUACCAGCAGAGCAAAAUGUAAUGAAUUCUGUUGUUGACGUGUUCAUGGAUGUCUGAAUUGAUCUUUUUUGUUAGUGUACAAUUUGAGUUGUACUUAAAAGAACUGAAUGAUGUAUGCUUCUUUACAUUACAAUAAAUAAAAGAGAUGCUUACGA